GCAUUUCUUUUCAAAGAGCACAUUAAACUUUACUUUUAUGGAGAUAUACAGAACUGUUCACAUCAGAGCGAACCAAAACAUGGAUAUUAGAGGUCAAUUUGCUCUCCAAGUACAAGAAAAUUUGUCUGCAAGCCACUUCUCAGUAAGCUUUGCUGCCAUAGUUAUGAUUGUCCAUUUGUUUCACUUUUGGUAAUAUCGCUUGUGAUUUAAUUACUCUGCUACUGUGGUUGAUCCUUUUCUUUUUAUUUGUGUUUGUUUAUUGGAGGAGAUUUUGAUCAUAUUGGGUUCUGAAUCUAUUCCUAUUCUCUUACUGCCACCAAGAUCGCACAAUUGCGUCGUCCAGGGUUUGCCUUAAGAUUUGUCUUAGCAGCCUGCAAAGUCUUUUUUUCACACAAGUUUUGUAACAUCUGAUUGGUGGACAGGGAUUGUUGUUCUCUCGAUGUCGAACCGGGCAAAGUUCCUGGUUUGGGCUUUUGCUUCAGAUCAAGCUUGGAGCCUCCUCCCUCGUCGCCCUUCUCCCACCCCUUCCCCUUCAUCCAGAUCUCGAACCCUCGUCUGGCGCCUCCGGAGAACGGAGAGGAGAUCCUCGACGGAGAUGGGAGGUGGAUUCACGUGGGGGAUCCUCCUCGCCCACGCCGGCUAUGCCACCAGUCAUUAUAGAGCGAUGCUAAAGAUCGUGGAGGAGUUCGCGAGUCCUCCUAUGAAUGCUUUGGUCGAGAUCCUGCUGGGGUUAGCUUUAUCCAUACAUCCUGAUUCUGAAGAAAAUAGGUCCAAUCACCCAGACCAUAGGAGAUGACAACUUUGUGGAAAGUCAUGUUUUCUAUUUUAUUUUUUGACUAAGAAACAUUACUGGAGUUAAAGUUGCUCAUACUUGCAUUUGUUGUAUUCUUGAAUGGUGAUUUGGUUAAACCAAAAGUUCCUCUUAAACGAAAAAUGAAUAGAGAAGCAUAAGGUAAAAUGAGCUCCAUGCAUGUAGGUUAUGGAUCUCGAUUGCUGUAGAUGAAGAUUAGUAAUGGAGAUAAGAUUGCUAUACAACCAUCAGUGUUUUAUGAUUUCUUUCAACAUCACCGUGGGAAGGAUUUCAUGAUAAUUGAACCUCUAGAUAUUUUUGUUGGCUUCCCUUCUUCGAAGUCCAUGUUUCUUGCAUGUUUAGCUAGAAUCCUAGAUAAUAUUCGGCUUUGGCUUACAUUGACUUAUUAGAGGAAGAUGACUUUGACCAGAAGAAGCGAAGAACAUAAAAGGUAACAUGAGUUGAGUAACUUGUAUGGAGCGACCUUUUGCCAACAUGACCGACAUUUUUAAGUCGAAGCUACUAUCAAUGCAACAUCUAAUCAUAUACACAGGAUAUGAAUUUCCUAAUUCUGGAAGUAAAAUUGCUGAGAUUUUUUUAUUCACACCAACUGGUGUCCUCCCUGAUGUCAUAGUUAAACAGGAUACUGUCUGUUCAUCUAAAAUCUGUUUGUACCAUCUUAAGUGAUAGCCCAUAUGGAAGUGGUACAGAAUUACUCUAACAUCAUCUGCUAUGGCUGGAAUAAUCCAUUGGCUCAAUUAAUUGAACUGUGCGAUCUAUUAGGAGUUGCAUUCAGCAAUUUCUAGGUAGAAAGAAUGGUGAAAUUGGAGUAUUGGUUAUACAUUUAGAAAAGUGACGACGGAAUACUAGGUGAGAGAUGGUCUACGCAAGUUGGAAAAUGUAUUUAGAGUGGAGGGUGAUAUAAGAAGGGAAAGAAUCAGAUGGAAAGAGACCAAACCAGCUUUCAGUUGCAUAGGAGAAAGAGACGUUUAUGAGACUUGGGGGGCAUAUAUUGGAGUUAGGGGUUGAGCAGAAAAGAAAGAUAGGAGUCAAUGCAUAUAAUAAGUGAGAUGUCAGGAUCAGAGAUAAGAUGAUACUUUAGGAUUGCGGUAACAGGACUUUUAGGGUUAAGAGGAUCUUUUUUUCUCUUUUUGUGAUUAAGGAAGUUAAUACAGUUGAUACUUCUUAUGUUUAGUUUGUAGAGGUCAUCAGUGACAUGACAUCUAUUCCUUUCGAUGGUGUCCAUCUUCAUAUGGUUUAUUAUGCAUACGUGAAAUGCAAGAUUUUCUCCUUGCCAGCCAACCAUUAUUUCAUGAUUUUCACUUAUCGUGGCAAAGCGAUCCCACUCAACGCAGCACUUAAGUUGGAGAA